CAUCUUACAGAAAUAACUCAUCGCCAGGACAGAUUAGUCCUAGGUUUGCUUGUCGGGCAAUAUAGUUGAUGUCGUACCCUCAUACAAAUGUACACAGUCCCAAUUCAAUACCCGGAUCGUUUACCUACUUGAAUAGCAAACAAAAAAUAUAGUAGCGUGUAACAGGAGCUCACUGUCGGGAGAGUUUUAUUUUGUUAUUGAAAUUAUUGUCAGGUGUUCUGAUUUUGUCGUGAUUUCUGGUGUAUAAAUUUGAUACAAUGUAUUACAGGUGUUGAGUUUGACCUUCCUCGGGGAAUUGGACCAGAUACUGUGUUUCUUCUGGACACUUCCGCUAGCAUGGCACGCGAUGAAAACUUUUUGAAAAUGAUAGAAAUAGCAGGAGAAAUUUUUCAAGGUAUAGCUUACGAAAGUGUGCCGGGGGUCCUAGACGAAAACAUCGCCUUUGUAACGUUUGGACAUUCGACAUCGAUAUGGAAGCAUCUGACGAACGACCAGUCUUGUUGGAUCGAUGAGUUAGAUUCCAUCAAAGGGAAUGGACCAGACGGGCCUUCAGACCUGUGUAAAGGUCUGGGGAUGUGUAGAGAUGCAAUAAAGGUGAACAAAAACCCCCUUGAGGCAUACAAUCGGUGUAUAUCAGCACGAAUCGUACUAAUCACAAAUGGAAACAUAUCCGAUUCAUCAGAACAGCCGGAAUCGUUUAAGAAUCGAGAGAAAGCUCGACAUCAGGCAUACAGCCUUGUGGAGGAAUUGACCCAUGGUAACCAUAAAGUCUUUUGUGUGCCACUCUGUAGCUACGACUCGCCUAGAUACCGUUUUCUGGAGAAACUUGCUCAUCAGGGAUCCGGAUGUAUCGUCAGACCAGACGACAUACAGCAUAUCACAAGAUAUCAUCGUAAAAUUCUCUGGGCGCUACGAGUCGAAAGCUGUCAUCCAGGCGUCUAUAUUUCGGAAGGAACAUUUAUUACCGAAAUUCUUAAAGGAUCUAAACUUCCGUUUACUGACGGUGAGGUGGAAGACAUGAUGGAGAUUGUAGCCAAUUCAGAUAGGCUUGGCUAUUCAAGAGCUAGUGACAAAACUGGCAGGUUUGAAGAUCCCUAUGAUGACUUACCUCCCCUUGGUACCCGAGUUAAACAGGGUGAACACUGGCGUGAAGAUGUGUUUAAAGAACACCAUUGUGGCCCGGGAACAGGUACCGUCAUUGGGCAAGAAGCUGGCAGUGUUUGGGUGGAGUGGGAUGGCUGUGAGGACCUCAAGCAUUAUAAGUACAAGUAUGGAUUGAACAAGUACUACGAGGUCAGGGUCCAUGACCGACCACGGACUCCGGAGGAGGGCAAACCUUUUAUGGUUGGUUGUUGCAUCACAAGAAUAGAAUGGGAAGAGGAUGAACCAGACGACCCACUAGGUUAUGGACUGGUGUUCAUUACAAAUCCUUAUUUCGAAACAUUUGGUGUACGCUGGAAGAACGGAGAUGCCAGUUACUACAAAUACAAUUUUGUCUGCUGUGUCCAGGAAGAGCUUCCUUCUCCGUGGUGCUUUGGUCCAGAAUAAAUUAAACAACUGCCCAUGGCCAGACAGUAUACAUAUGCAUAUGUGUAUUGGGAUGA